ACGACAACUCGCAACUAUCAUAUUUGCGAAUGUGAAAGCGACACAAGAAUGGAUGAUGCUUUAAAAUGCUAUUUCGAAAGUGAAGAAGUGGGAACAACAACAACAAAAACCGAGUUGAGUGAUAUGGACCAACGUGCAAUGCAGCAAUUGAAAGAUGCAACCGUCUUGGUGGGAGAUCGCUACGAAUCUGCCCUAUUGUGGAAGUACGACCAUGUUGAGCUUCCAGAUAGCUACCCUAUGGCAGUAAGUAGGUUGCGAUGUCUGGAGAGAAAGAUGGAAAAAGACCCUGCUCUCAAAGCAAAUGUUACCCGACAAAUAUUGGAGUACCAACAAAAAGGAUUUUGCCACCGUGCAACCCGUGCGGAACUGGAAGCUGCCGAUCCAAAACGAACUUGGUACCUUCCGCUGGGGGCUGUAACCAACCCGAAAAAGCCCGGAAAAGUGCGCCUUAUUUGGGAUGCUGCCGCUAAAGUUGAGAAGGUGUCGCUCAAUUCUGUAUUACUGAAGGGACCAGAUCUACUGACCCCACUCCCUACGGUACUUUUCCGAUUCCGUCAAUUCCCUAUAGCCGUGUGUGCGGAUAUCAGGGAAAUGUACCACCAAAUACUCAUCCGUGAAGUAGAUCGAAAUUCGCAAAGGUUCCUAUGGUGCGAUGAUCCUAGUCAGACCCCGGAGAUCUUUUUGAUGGAUGUGGCCACCUUUGGCGCGAGCUGUUCGCCAGCAAUAGCGCAAUUUGUUAAGAACACCAAUGCCCGCCGGUUUGAACAACAAUACCCAGACGCCGUAAGGGAGAUUACCGAAGGGCAUUACGUUGACGAUUGCGCUACUAGCUUCCGGAAUGUGGAGGAAGCAAAAACAAUAUCUUGGCAAAUCAGAUACAUUCACCAGCGCGGGGGUUUCGAUCUUAGAAACUUCAGUUCUAACAGUAGCGAAGUCCUUCAUUAUUUGGGGGAGAAAGAUACAGGAGCUGUGAAAAAUUUGAUUCCGGAAAACGAUGACACAACUGAGCGUGUCUUGGGCUUACUGUGGGACACGACUCAAGAUAAACUCAAGUUUCCUACAACGAUGCGUUGUGACAUAGCAAACAUUAUUGAACACGGACUGAAACCAACCAAGCGAGAAAUUUUAAGAUGUGUCAUGUCACUUUUCGAUCCCCUUGGAUUAUUAUCCCCCUACUUGAUCUUCGGCAAAAUAUUGAUGCAGGAAAUUUGGCGGAAAGGCGUCGGCUGGGAUGAAAAGAUCGACGACGAAUCAUUCGAGUUGUGGAGCAAGUGGACGAAGGUACUGGAAAGUAUUAACGACAUCGGAGUUCCUCGGUGCUAUUUUACAGAGGUUGCGCAAGAGGUAGAAAUUCAUACAUUCACGGACGCAAGUGAAGCGGCAUACUCGUGCGCCACAUAUUUCCGCUUUGUAAGACCAACCGGUCCAGCCGAAAUUGCGCUAGUCGGUUCAAAGACUAAGGUAGCACCACUGAAACCUUGGUCAAUUCCUCGUCUUGAGCUUCAAGGCUGCGUUCUGGGUGCUCGAUACACCCGAUUCAUCGAAGAAGCUCAUUCACUGCGCAUCUCAAAACGAGUUAUGUGGUCCGACUCGAGUACGGCGUUAAGUUGGAUAAACUCAGAUCCACGGAAGCUUCAUCGUUUCGUUGCAUUUCGCAUCACAGAAAUAUUGGAAUUGACUAACCGAAAUGAGUGGAGAUGGGUUCCGACAAAGCAGAACCCAGCUGAUGAAGCGACGAAAUGGGGUGUUGGACCUCAUUUUAACGAUAAAAGCAUCUGGUACAGUGGGCCCGAAUUUCUUGCGUAUCCAGAAGACCAGUGGCCCGUAAAAAAAAUUGUACUUCCCCCGACCGCAGAGUUACGCCCUUGUUUUGCACACUGUGAAAUCAUUUUGCCAGAACUACAAAUCCCCGUCGAAAGGUUUUCAAUGUGGAAUCGUCUGUUAAGAACCACUGCAUACAUGCAUCGUAUUUUUUCCAAACCGAAUUAUUCAGAUGAUAAACGCCCAUUAGAAAUCCUCACGCAAGAUGAAUUAAGAAAGGCAGAACGAACCUUGUUCAAACAAGUACAGUGGCAGUCAUACCCGGAUGAAAUGGUUACGUUAUCAAAGUAUAAACAAAAUCCAAAAGGACAACACUUUAUCGAUAGUUCCAGCAGUAUAUAUCAACUUUCCCCAUUCCUCGAUGAACACGGAAUUCUCCGAAUAGAUGGGAGAAUCGCAAAGGCGCCGAAAACUAAACUGGACUGUAAGUAUCCCAUUAUUUUAUCGAAAAACCAUCGAGUCACGUAUUUGCUUGUCGAUGACUAUCAUCGAAGAUUCAAACAUGGCAAUAAUGAAACCAUAGUAAAUGAAAUAAGACAGCGGUUUCAUGUCACCUCGAUUCGAGGGUUCGUCAAGGAUGUCGUGAAGAAAUGCCAACUAUGUAGAGUGCGGAAUUCACGUCCAAUAAUACCUAGAAUGGGGCCGCUUCCGUUAGCUCGACUGUCUUCUGGUUCCCGUCCCUUCACGUACGUAGGGGUCGAUUAUUUCGGGCCGCUACAGGUUAAAGUAGGAAGAGCGAGUGUUAAAAGAUGGGUAGCACUUUUCACCUGCCUCACGAUCAGAGCAGUACAUCUUGAGGUGAUCUAUAGUCUGACUACGGAAGCUUGUAUCAUGGGAAUACGUCGAUUCAUUGCUCGUCGCGGUGCGCCAGUGGAGUUUCAUAGCGACAACGGAACGAAUUUUCAAGGCGCGGAAAGAUUGUUACGAGAACAGAUAAACGUGGGGCUGGAGUCAACAUUUACCAAUAGAAAUACCAAAUGGUGCUUCAUUCCACCAGGUGCCCCCCAUAUGGGCGGAGCAUGGGAAAGAAUGGUACGCUCUAUCAAGCUUGCAAUGUCGGAUGCCUACAAUGAAAAUCUAGAUGACGAACGCCUACUCACCCUCCUCAUCGAAGCUGAGUUUAUAGUAAACUGUCGACCGCUGACUUAUUUGCCAUUGGGCUCGGCGGAACAAGAAGCACUUACUCCUAACCACCUACUGCUAGGCAAUUCAACAGGAGUUCAUCAACCGGAAGCGCGUGGAGUCUGCGAUCGUAAGUUACUGAGUCAUUCGUGGGAUGUACUCCAGAAACAGAUAAGUUCAUUCUGGAAAAGAUGGACACUCGAAUACCUUCCAACUCUUACAAAAAGAACGAAGUGGUUCGGGGAGACAAAAAACAUCGAAAAAGGAGAGCUGGUCAUAAUUGUUGAAGGUUCCAGACGUAACAACUGGGCCAGAGGUCGAGUACUGGAAGUGGUUCCGUCACCAGAUGGACGAAUUCGGCAGGCGAUUGUGCAACUAGCAUCCGGUAGUAUAUGUCGCCGCCCUGUAUCGAAGUUGGCAGUGUUGGAAGUACAGGACGGAAGUGGAACCAGUCUCGGAUUCCACCGGGGGGAGGAUGUUGCUGCAAGGGCAACAGAUUCACUGUCACUUGACACUGACAAUCUGAGAAACCGGAAAAGGGAAGAGUUCAAGAAGAGGGAAAAGGAGUGAUUCGUGGUGAUAGAAAAGUCGUGGAAUUUGUGAUUAAAAGUAGAAGAGUUGGCUUAAAGUUUGUAAAAGUAAAAAGGUGGUAGAAAGUUAAAGAGGAUAGAUCGCAGUAGUGCGAAUUGCUGGAUUAAAUCAGAUUUGUAGUAUAUAAUUGGCUUGAGGAGAUUUCCAACGCUGAUUUGGAAAGGCAGAUAUACGUUCCGAAAUACUCGGAAAUCGUUAAGGGUUCCCAUUCACUACUUAAAAGUAGAGCGUAAAUAUGCUAAUAUUAUAUCCUUCGCAAACGUAACUGAACCAUUAAUUUUUUAUAUCAGGAACAACAACAGUUGUUGAAGUCUUCGACUGGAAGACAAUAAGUUGGUGCCGAACAUAAAGUCUAUAGAGCUCACUGAAAUUGUAAGUAGGAAAACAGAAUCAGUGGCACUUAAAAUUGUUUAUCUUUAUAUUAUUUUCUUUUAGUUUGAAGCAUCGCAAUAAAUGCUAUCAAAACUCAGCCGUGCCUUUAUAACUUCGGGCCAACAAUUUCUUCAAGUUAAAAACAUUUUCCUUUGGUUCAAAAAAAGUUGACUUUGUUUUAAAAGAAAUAAGCUCAAUUAACAUUUAUUUAGAAUCAAAGUAUUUGCUUAAAUUCAAAAUCCAAAAAUAUUUAGUUCAAAGAAUUAAUUCUUUGUUUCAAAAAAUAUUUUUUUGAAUCAAAAACUAAAGUUUUUGGUUCAAAUAAAACAGGAGUUAGAUUCAAAAAAAUGAAUGUUUUGAAACAAAAUCAUUUUUGUUUUGGUUCAAAAGCCUAGUUUUCUCUGCGUGUGGGAGUUCUCCCUCUUUGCUUUCUCUCUCUGAAA